UAAAUGCUUCAUAUUGUAAAUCUGAGAACCUAGUAUUUGUUAACAAAUUUGUUAAUGAACAUAACCAUCCAUUACAAAACCAGGAUCCUCUUCAAGAAUUCUCACCAGCAUUACGUAGGAUAUCAGACGAUAUAAUGAAUGAAAUCAAAUUUUAUGUACAAGAGUGUCAAUUAGAGGCUACUGUUUUAAAAAAGAUAUUAAGAAAAAAGUAUCAGCAUCAGGACAUUUACCGCCAAGAUCUUUAUAAUACGAUACAUAAAUUUAAAGCUG